AUGUUUAGAGACCUUGCAGACGGCACAAUAUUUGGAGACCUUGCACAUGGCACAAUAUAUGGAGACCAUGCAGACGGCACACUAUUUAGAGGCCUUGCAGACGGCACAAUAUAUGGAGACCUUGCAGACGGCACACUAUUUGGAGACCUUGCAGACGGCACAAUAUUUGGAGACCUUGCAGACGACACAAUAUUUGGAGAUCUUGCAGACGGCACAAUAUUUGGAGACCAUGUAGACGGCACAAUAUUUGGAGGCCUUGCAGACGGCACAAUAUUUUCAGACCUUGCAGACGGCACAAUUUAUGAAGACCUUACAGACGACACAAUAUAUGGAGACCUUGCAGACGGCACAAUAUAUGGAGACCUUGUAGACGACACAAUAUAUGGAGACCUUACAGACGGCACAAUAUAUGGAGACCAUGCAGACAGCACAAUAUUUAGAGACCUUGCAGACGGCACAAUAUUUGCAGACCUUGCAGACGGCACAAUAUUUGCAGACCUUGCAGACGGCACAAUAUAUGGAGACCUUGCAGACGGCACAAUAUAUGGAGACCUUGCAGACAGCACAAUAUAUGGAGACCAUGCAGACGGCACAAUAUAUGGAGACCUUGCAGACGGCACAAUAUAUGGAGACCUUGCAGACAGCACAAUAUAUGGAGACCUUGCAGACGGCACAAUAUUUGGAGACCUUGCAGACGGCACAAUAUAUGGAGACCUUGCAGACAGCACAAUAUAUGUAGACCUUGCAGACGGCACAAUAUUUGGAGACCUUGCAGACGGCACAACAUAUGAAGACCUUGCAGACGGCACAAUAUAUGGAGACCUUCCAGACGGCACAAUAUUUGCAGACCUUGCAGACGCCACAAUAAAUGGAGACCUUGAAGACGGCACAAUAUAUGAAGACCUUGCAGACGACAAAAUAUAUGGAGACCUUGCAGACGGCACAGUAUAUGGAGACCUUGCAGACGGCACAAUAUAUGGAGACCUUGUCGACGACACAAUAUAUGGAGACCUUGCAGAUGGCAAUUGA